UUAACUAUGGUGAGGGGAAACAACAAAUGGAACGCAAAAGGGACAAGCAGAGGUAUACAUUUCAUCCCCUUACCAGUGACUGACAACCUAUAAGCAAAUAUUCCUGACAGGCGGUACAUUUAUGCGGGGCGUGCUCUACACAGUAGCGUACAGACAUGGAUGCUUUCGCCAAUGAUAAACGUGAAAGAAACUAAAUUAGUUUGUAAUUCAGAGACCACAUCUGUUCUCGAAACCGGUGAUGCAUGGACUCGCUGACAUUCGAAGAAAGUGGACCGUUUCUUAUGUUUUCCUGGAAAAGACAUGGAGCGAUUAAAGGUAUUUUUCUUCUCGCCAUCGGAAAAAAAACGUAAAUUAACUAAAGUCUGAUAGCUUACUUUCUGUAGUUCGUGCCGAGAGAGUUGGAUAUUGGACGUCAAAAUGUUAACGGGAUCCAAAACCACGUUCAAAGUGAGACAAAUGGUUCCAGAUAUAAAGCAGCACCUCAUGUGAUUCUAAGCUUGGGUGGCCAGGAAGCAAUCAUCCAGGAAGCUGCUAUCAUCACACAGUGUAUCACUAAAGGAGAGGAUGCUGAGUCACAGUGGUGUCAACGCACGGGGGAGAGAUGUGUUUGGACUGCGCUGCUUACCAGGAGAGUGUGUGCUGCAGAGGGCUGUGUUGGUGAGGAAGAAGCUAACUGCCAAGGACGGGGGUGGAUGGCUGUCUGGCACUCUCUUCUGUACCCACUUCAGAGUAGCCUUUGUGCCUCAGGACAGCCCCAAACCUGACGACAACGCAGACCCUGUGCUCCUGGGGGAUCAUGACGUGGCCCUGGCCUCCAUUGAGAAGGUUGUAGCUGUGGGCCCAUCCCGGACCAAGCUGGUGACGGCCAGCUCCUCUCUGAAGUUCACUCCUGAGGAGCUGGUGUUGUACUGCCGGGACCUGCGUGUUCUCUGCUUCCUCUUCGACCGCCUCACCCCCGACACACAGGCUGUGGAGAUAAUGUACACCAUUGCCAAGACCUACCAGCCUCUGAAGCCAGGGACUGUCCUCGCCUUCCAGAAUGCAGCCCUGGGGAGCGUUGAGAUGAAGCAGUUCUUGAGCAACCGUAGGCGUGACUCCCACAUGAACUGGUUUGAUAGUUCUUCGGACUGGGAGCAGGAACUGGAGAGGACCGGGGCCUGCGGCUGGAGGGUCAGCUCUGUCAAUGACCGCUUUGAGAUGUCCACCAGUCUGCCCAAGUUCAACGUGGUCCCUCAGAAAGUUCUAGACACUGAGCUGAAGAAGACCUUUGCCCACUUCAACGAGGGACGCAUUCCUCGCUGGUGUUGGCGACAUCCUCGGGGCAGUGACCUGCUACGGAUGGCCAGCUUCCAGAACAACAUCUACCAUGAGAAGGAUGACAUCAGGAACCUGGAGUUGAUCCUGUUUGGGGGCCAGUCUCUAUGUGUGGUGGUGGAGCUGGGAGACGAGAUGCCUUCACCCACAGACAUACAGCUGGCACACACCCGCCUACGGGCUCUGUGUCUGGGAGACAUCUCCACAUCUGUGUCAGUGCCAGAUGACAAAUGGCUGUCUACGCUGGAGAGCACCCAUUGGCUGGACUACACCAGGUGCUGUCUGAGGAAAGCUGCUGAGGUGGCCUGCCUGCUCCGCGGAGGUCACCUGACCGUGGUGCUGCAAGAGGCGGAGGACCGAGACAUGACCUGUGUGGUGUCCAGUCUGGUCCAGGUGAUGUGUGACCCCCACUGCAGGACCAGGGUGGGCUUCCAGGGUCUGGUGCAGAAGGAGUGGGUGAUGGCUGGACACCGCUUCCUCAGCCGCAUCAACUACCACAGAGACAGCGAUAAGGAAGAGGCGCCAGUGUUCCUGCUCUUCCUGGACUGUGUGUGGCAGCUGUGGGUCCAGUACCCAUGCCGCUUCCAGCUGACAGGGGACUUCCUGCUGGCCCUCCAUGACAGUUUCCACCUGCCCCUCUUCAGCAGCUUCCUGGCCAACUGCCACAGGGAGAGGUGCAAACGUUCACAGAACCUAUCCCAGAGUUACACUCCAGUGAAUGGCUGGAGAGACCUGGUACCCAGGGGCUCCUUCCCGGACCCCUCAGACCCCCCUCUGCCCCCUGUGUGGGACUGGGCUCUGCAGUACAGCAGCCAGAGACGGGAACGUUUCACCCAGCCGGUGCCUCCGCUCACCCUGCCACAGCCCCUACUCAACGGCAACCUCAACACCAACCCCGAGGCACACAGGCUGAGUGACAGCGCACCAGGCUCUGUGUUCCUGCUCUCCAGGGGCUCCUUCUCCUGCUCUGCUAACCUCCUGCCCUGGCGCAGUGGAGGGGGCUCAGGCGUCUACCGGAAGAGCCACCGGAGAGGGGGGUCCUCCUCAGAGAACCUUCCGGGCCUGGAGAGGCUUCUGAAGGCCUGGGCCCUCACAGAGCUCCCUCAGGGCCACACCACCACCACAUCCGGUCUCCAGGGGCCCCUGGACUCAUACGAGCCUCUGCUGCCCCUGCUCCUGGGGCCCUGCGUAGGUGUGUGGAGGGACUGCUACCUCCGUGGGGCUCUUCAUGCUCAGGCGUUCUCCCACCCCAUCUCCUCAUCCACUCAGCACCCAGUGGAACAGCUAGCCUGGGAGGUCCAGCAGCUCAGAGACAAGCUGACGUUGGCCUCCAGCCCCACUAACACAGUCCCAGCCAAGACACAGGAGCCCCGUCGGACAGACUCCAACCUCAACCAGAACACCAACAAUAGCACCUUCCUCUUCCCAGCCUCCAGACCCCCUGGGCCGGUUGCCUCCAGAACCACGCCCCCUAUCUCGAACCUCCAACCCAGGGUUCCUCCAGCUCGUUCUAGAGCUGGUCACAGAGACAGCAGCAAGCACACAUUCCUAUUUGGCCACCCAUCCUCUUCAGAGUCCCGUCCAGACCAGCGUUACUUGCCCGCGCCCAAUAAUAAUGCCAAGCUGCCCAAGAGCAACGGUCCUUCACUGGAUUCCUGAGCUCGGUGUCCCCUGUCAGUUAGCACAAAUGGUACAAACUGUUCCCCCGGCUCUGAACUCUAGAAUGAGAUCACCUAUACACACCCUCCAAGACUCUAUUUCCAUCCCUGACACCUGAUCUCUGGGUGGAUCCAGAUGUGAUUUUCCUGUCAAGGCCUGUUUGAGUGGCUUUGAGGCAAUAACAAGACGAGGAGGGUCAUGUGCUGAGCAGGGAGGAGAGUCUAAACUGCAGUAAUAAUGCAUUGAGCAGUGCAAAGCACAAAUAGUAUUUGAAAGAUUGUUCAACUUGUAACAAAUUGUCUGUUUUACUGAAUAUGACAACCAAACUGAAGGUUCUGGUCAGCAUUCCCUGAGAACGUAUUGGUGUUUUUAAAAGCAGCAAGCUAAUACCCAAAAUGAAUAAGGGCUGAUGAUGAUUGAUAAACUAAUGACAUAAGGGCACAAAUAAUGAGCUGUUGGCUGAAAUAUGGAAUCAAAUUCUUCUAUUGAUCAGACUUCAGCUGUUUUUAGAAUCAUGAUUUCAACUGAGUGACAACCUUCAUUCUUGACCAGACGGCUAUAAUAGGACUGUUGUCCUGACUCGGUCUCUUAGUCAUUUUGAGUGACUAUAACCUCCAGUUCCAAAACCAACUCAGCCUUGAGAGGAAAAAUACAUAGAGCUGCUCACCAAGUAAACACUAGGGAGAGACAUUGGCUUCACAAAAAACACGCAGUUUUAACUCCAGGCAUUUUGUCCAGCAAAUUUAACCUGGAAUUUAGGGCACUGGAGCUAUUUUGGUGCUGUUCCCAUAUCUUUAUACUUGCAUGCAUGCUAGUAGUGAACAAUGAGAGGCAUAAGCUGAGUUGUAUGACUCUGUAUCAUAACCCUGUUUUUCAGAAUAUGGCCAUGGUCAGUUAAUAUUGCUGUAAGUGUGCAUGAUUGAGGUAAAAGUGCUAUUAUUUCUAUGGUCUGUGCAUCUCUAUUGAGAGUUCUAAGUAUUAUUGACCAACUUUGGUUGCGUAUGAAUUUCAGAAAUUGUAAGGAUACAUUUUUAAGUGGUCGUGACCAAGAUGAGUAUGACUCUUUCCCCCCCCCCCCCCUUUAUGUUGUCAUUGUGCAAACCAUAAGUUCUGAUGGUUCAUAUGUAUCAUUUACUUUUAUUUGGUACUUCUAGAUGUAGCUUUAAGGUAAGCAACUUUUUUUUCAAUAGUGUAUUUCUUCAUUACUUGUCCUGACUGCUAGUUUCGUAUGCAGCUUGCAUUCAGGUCAAGUACUUCUAAAUGCGUCAUUUCAUUCAAAGCCCAGUGAGCUAUUGGGACUGGGCUACUCAGUCCAGCCAGAUUGUUGUUUGCAUGAUGUGGAUAUUAAGCAGCAAAUACACUGGCGUGAUUUCCAUAUACUGUAACACUCAAGAGAUGUACUGUGUGUUUAUACCAAACUAUCAUUUCCAUGCAGAGAAGUACUUGUAUUGUGUAACAUAGGAUGAAAGGGUUUCUGGCUGGCAUACAAUGUAUUUCUCACUGAAAUGUCUCAUUAUGUUUAUGAACUAUAAAGGCUGAAGGUGGUAAUGUAUGUGACUUACAUUGGUCUGUAUUACCUAGAGUUAUUCCUAUGCCUCAGUACGAGAGCAUUUUGAAUUAUUCAAUGGCUGUAAAUAUUCAUUGUUGAAUAUCACAGCACACUGAUAUCAGUUACUGAAUAUCAGGUUGUUUGAGUUUUUGGAUUUGAUGCCAGUACUUUUGCUCUCGUCUUCCAUGGAAAAAACAAGGUCAUCACAUUCCCUAGUGGCAUUGGCUCUACAGAGAGAAAAUGAAAUGUCCCUUUCAGCAUGCAACCCCACUUCCUAUGUCUCUACACCAUUAUAUAUUUAAAUGUUUUGGUACGAAUGACACAAUGAUUUGCCAGAUGUACAUAUUUUUUGUAUCAGCAUGUUAGGAUCCUGAUUAAUAAACUAUUAUAAGUUCAUAAAAUCA